CUCGGGCUUUCGGCCGGGCAGCGUCUCCGCGGCCACCGCGCGCCCGCCCGCCGCUGCUCGGACUCCGGCGGGGGCCCAGCGCCGGCCCGAGUUGCCUCCCAGCCCCGCUUCCUCCAAAUAAAUUGUCCAUUUCCUCCUCCGCAGAGGCCUUGGCGGCGGGGGCCGGCCAGCCCCCUUGGCGGCUAGUUUGGAGGGGCCCACGGCGUCCCUUUCUCUAGGCUUUUCUGGAAGUCAGCCCGGUGAGAGGAGGAACCCCGUGCUUUCUUUCCCGAGAUCAGCUUGAUCUCCCUCCGGUUUCCAUCAGCGUUUGCGACACACCCAUCCAACGAAGAGUUUUCCAGAAGUAAACCUGUCCGCCUCUUUGAGAAUCAGGUCACUUCAGCCUGAAUGUUUGGUUGGAAAUGAGAACUUCUGGAAAGGUCAUAAACCUAAAUUCUUUGCCCACCCGACCGCCUGUCCUCCCAACGGGGCGCAUGGCUCGUCGGAAGGUAGCGAAUUAGGGGGAACUGGUGUAGAAUGGGCAGAUUUUCAGUUAUUUUCCACAUUCUCUGCCCUGAUCGAAGGCGGACAGACGUUUUGAGUUAUGAGGCUCAUCUUUUGGGUAGUUUUAGGAACACUCGAGAUAAAAAUGCUUCCUGCUUGGCAUGAAGGGACCUCAUUUCUCAGACAGUAACUUUUCUUUGAGGUACGCGACUGCCCAACAAGUCACAUCCGUGAUCUUUUCGGAUUUUCACAUCCGUGAUUUUUUUUUUUUUUUUUUUUGGCCCAGUGUUAAAAUGAGGUGGAUGAUCCCCAUUAUACAGCUGGGGCUCACGCCCCUAUUCUUUGGGCUAGAUUAUAAAUCCCUCAAGGGCUGGGCUGGGGACUUUGAAGCAUUCUCUUUCUAGCAUUCUCUUUCUUUGAUGCCCCCCCACCCCCACCCCCAGUGUGACUGGAAGGUCAUGAAAACUGUCGACGAGCCGUUUCUUGGUAUGUCUUUUUUCUGUUGUGGGCUGGUUAAUUCAUUUUGCAGCCGUUCCAAGAAACUAGCAAGAAAAGUACCUUCACUCACGAUGCUGUUGGUUUCAUAACGAUAGAAACAAACAUUUCUGGGGUGCUUACCGUCGGCUAACUCAUGCCAAGUGCUUUAUGGGGAUUGCCUCAUCUUGUGCUUCUUAUCGACUUGUUUGCCUUCCCCGUGGUUGAGACACGAGAGAAACAGACUGUUGGCACCACUGUUGUGCGCGUCUCCUAGAGGGGCAGAAUCCGUGUCCACACCAAUGCAGUGUUUUAAAUCCCACUGCUUGGGGUCGUAGUCACAUGUUUUACUGGCACGUGGGACCUGAGUGCCGAAGCCAGACUGCCCGUGUUUAUAGCCGAUCACCUCUGAGCUGCCUGCCUUUCAGCACCCUGGCUGUUGGAAGAUGCUCACAGUGGCGAUGUGCAUGGCCCUCCUGGGGUGCCUGCAGGCCCAGGAGCUCCGGGGACACGUCUCCGUCAUCCUGCUGGGAGCAACCGGGGACCUGGCCAGGAAAUACUUAUGGCAGGGGCUGUUCCAGCUGUACCUGGACGAGGCGGGGAAGGACUACAGUUUCAGCUUCCAUGGGGCUGCCCUGACGUCCACCAAGCAGGGCCAAGCGUUCGUAGCCAAGGUCCUGGAGUCCCUCUCCUGCCCGGAGGACGUGGCACCCGACCGCUGCGCCGAACUCAAGGGCCAGUUCCAGCGGCUGAGUGCGUACCGCCACCUGGCGACGAGUGAGGACUAUGUGGCCCUGAGCAAGGACAUUGAGGCACAGGUCCAACACGGGGGCCUCCGGGAGGCCGGCAGGAUCUUCUACUUCUCGGUGCCACCCUUUGCCUAUGCGGACAUUGCCCGCAACAUUAACAGCAGCUGCCGCCCGGGCCCGGGCGCCUGGCUGCGGGUUGUCCUCGAGAAGCCCUUCGGCCAUGACCACCUCUCAGCCCAGCAGCUGGCCACGGAACUCGGGGGCUUUUUCCGAGAGGAGGAGAUGUACCGGGUGGACCAUUACCUGGGCAAGCAGGCCGUGGCUCAGAUCCUGCCUUUCCGAGACCAGAACCGCAAGGCCUUGGACGGCCUCUGGAGCCGGCACCACGUGGAGCGGGUGGAGAUCAUCAUGAAGGAGACCGUGGAUGCCGAGGGCCGCACCAGCUUCUACGAGGAGUACGGCGUCAUUCGCGACGUGCUCCAGAACCACCUGACCGAGGUCCUCACCCUCGUGGCCAUGGAGCUGCCCCACAACAUCAGCAGCUCAGAGUCUGUGCUCCAGCACAAGCUCCGGGCCUUCCGGGCUCUGCGGGGCCUGCAGAAGGGCAGCGCCGUCCUGGGCCAGUACCAGGCAUACAGCGAGCAGGUGCGCAGAGAGCAGCAGAGGCCGGACAGCUUCCGCAGCCUGACGCCGACCUUCGCAGGCGUCCUCGUUCACAUGGACAACCUUCGCUGGGAGGGCGUCCCUUUCAUCCUGAUGUCCGGCAAAGCCUUGGAUGAGAGAGUGGGCUACGUUCGCAUCUUGUUCAGGAACCAGGCUUACUGCGUCCUGAGCGACGAGCGCUGGGUCGCCGACCAGAGCCAGUGCCUCCCUCGGCAGAUCGUCUUCUACAUCGGGCACGGUGAGCUGGGCAGCCCUGCCGUGCUGGUCAGUCGGAACCUGUUCAGGCCCUCCCUGCCCUCCGAGAGCUGGAAGGAGCUGGGGGCCCGGCCGGGGCUCCGCCUCUUCGGCCGCCCGCUGUCCGAUUUCUACGCCUACCGCCCCGUGAGGGAGCAGGACGCCUACUCCGUCCUCAUAUCUCGCAUCUUCCACGGCCGAAAGGACUCCUUCGUCACCACGGAGCACCUGCUGGCCUCCUGGGGCUUCUGGACCCCCCUGCUGGACAGCCUGGCCCACGAGGUCCCGCGCCUCUACCCGGGAGGCGCUGAGAACGGGCACCUGUUGGACUUCGAGUUCGGCGGCGCCCAGCUGUGCUUCUCGCAGCAGCAGCCGGAGCAGCUGGUGCCGGGGCCCGGCCCCGCGCCGAUGCCCAGCGGCUUCCAGGUUCUCAAGGCCAAGUACCGAGAGAGCCCGCUGAUCUCGGCCUGGCCCGAGGAGCUGAUCGCGAAGCUGGCCGACGACAUCGAGGCCACGGCCGUGCGGGCCGUGCGGCGCUUUGGCACGUUCCACCUGGCGCUGUCCGGCGGCUCGAGCCCCGUGCCCCUGUUCCAGCAGCUGGCCACCAGGCACUACGGCUUCCCCUGGGCCCACACGCACCUGUGGCUGGUGGACGAGCGCUGCGUCCCGCUCUGGGACCCCGAGUCCAACUUCCAGCACCUGCAGACCCACCUGCUCCAGCACAUCAGGGUCCCCUACUACAACAUUCACCCCAUGCCCGUGCAUCUGCACCAGCGGCUGUGCGCCGAGGAGGACCAGGGCGCCCAGACGUACGCCAGCGAGAUCUCGGCCCUGGUGGCCAACAGCAGCUUCGACCUGGUGCUGCUGGGCAUGGGCGCGGACGGGCACACGGCCUCCCUCUUCCCGCAGUCGCCCAGCGGCCUGGACGGCGAGCAGCUGGUCGUGCUGACCGAGAGCCCCUCCAGGCCGUUCCAGCGCAUGAGCCUCAGCCUGCCCCUCAUCAACCGCGCCAGGAAGGUGGCGGUCCUGGUCAUGGGCAGGGUGAAGCGUGAGAUCACCAUGCUGGUGAGCCGCGUGGGCCACGAGCCCAAGAAAUGGCCCAUUUCGGGCGUCCUGCCUAGUUCCGGCCAGCUGGUUUGGUACAUGGACUAUGAGGCGUUUCUGGGAUGAGGGCCCCAGUGGCCUCUGCUCACUCCCGCUCUCGCUCUCCCCGUACUGUCCCCUCUCCUCUGUCCUGCCACCUGCCCUGGCUGCCCGGAACCCGAUGCCUCAGGGUUAGGCCGCCAGAGAGGAAAGGACGAGGCCUUAUCCCAAUCCCUUUGACGGUCCCUGUCUAGUUGUGGUGGGUAGACGCAGAUGCAAGGAAAAAACGGAGUUUCUGCCCUCGAGAAGUUUCCGGUCCUGUUCAGGAGAGAAGUAUCCACCUUAAGAGCAUACCUGUGGCCUUUCCCCAUGAACACCAGCAGCACAGAACCGGGCAGGGGGGAAGGCUCCCAACUCCGGCAAGAAUGCCGUGACCAGGUUAACCCAGGAAGGCUUCCCGGAGGGGGUGAUCCUUGAGCUGGCUCCCAUGGAAACAGACUAUGGAUGGUAGAGAGAAGGGACACAGGUGUCCACCGGGUGCAGAGCCCACGCAGAGCAGGUUGCUGGGAACUGUCCGGAGACCUCGAGUUGGCCGAGUCCCCGUUUCUUCUGUCCCCUCCUCCCCUUCUUCCUGAGCCUCUGACAUUUAGCCUUCUGUUCUGGCCUCUUGGUGGCUGUCUCUCCCGCUCCCUCUGGGUUCCCUUCCUCUCGGUUCUGACGAUGGUGGGGUCUUUUCUCAUCGCUCCGUCUCUCUGCUGCCCCCCAGAGGGGUGAAGGAUGGUAGUGUUACACAGCAACAAACACAAGGAGGUUAAAAGGUCCCAGAAAUCUCGCAGCUUUCUCUGCGUCGGGGGGGAGGUCCCCGCCUGCUCUCCCUCCUCCAGCCGGCCCCCUGCCCCCUUCGCGAUGCACGGUGCGCAGAGAUGAUUCGGCCAUUCCAGGGAUCCCUCACUCAUGAGGGUCCUCUGUACCGCAGGGGACUUCCAGUGGGCGUUUCCACUCUCAGUAUACCCUCGUGCUUUACCAGGAAAGAUCCAGUUAAGUCUUUCUCUGAUGGUGACACAUCAUAUGUGGGGAGAGACCCCACGCAAACGGUCUCCACCAUCCAGGUGCUCUGACCUGACCAGACGGGAGUCAGGCCCCCUCGGUGGGGCAGCUGCGGCCUUCUCGGGGACAUGGCAGGUUCGCGGGGGCCACGGGGGACGGGGGGGAGGGGGCAGGCGUCCCACCGACUCUGCUCCCUCCCAGUGGAUGAUGCCGGAUGGAGCGACCUACUUGCUGUCCACCGGCCCCUCCCACUAACACGCUGUGAAAGAGCUGGGAAAAGAAAUAGGCAGCUUCUCUUUAAGAGGAGGGUGGCUGCUCUGUUCCUGGUCAGCGGCGGGUCAGUAAUGCCUGUUUUUCCGAAACCCCCAAGGUUCCGGCGGGGGGAGGGCGGGGGCGGGGGACGGCGGUGAGUCUGAAAUUCUUUUAAAAAAUAUUCUCACAUAUUGAAUUUUUAUUCCAGCUUCCCGCAGAGUCAUGCCCCCAAGACAGGACUGUAAAGGAGUGAGACCGAUCUUUCUGUGACUGCUGUCUUGUUUUAAAGUCGCACGUUGUGUCCGGUGUGGGUGCCCCGCAGAGAGCUUUCCUGGGGGAGGAGGAGCCCGGCCAAAUCUAUUUCUCUACUUUUGAUUGUUUACGCUUCCUUCAAGGCGACGGAUUUAAAAGAAUUCUGGUCUCGCUUUGAGAUGUGUGCGUGUGAAUCUGGUGCCUGGGAGGGGGGCUCUCGAUGUGGAAGGCUCUCUUCUUAAAAUUCCCCUGACCUCCAGCGACCCGUCCAGACAGGACACCUCUCUUCGCGCCAACAGAGCUCCCCUUGGCGAGGCAGAACCCCAGUGCCAGGUCGGGGGGUCUCUCUUUCUGGAGGGUCGGCAUUUUAGCUUUGAGGCACCUGGCUGGCCAGCGGGCAUGAGAGGACGUGGGUGGCUGCAGGCCGGGUGCCACCUGUGGCCACAUGGGGGCGCUCUCGCGCCAUCCCUGCCCUCUCCACGUGUGACCAGAGAGGAGCCCCUCCUAGCAGUUCCCGGGUGCGUUUCUUCCCAUUUUCACGUUCUGCCUCCCUGGGCUGCUGGCUCCGAGCACCGCCCGUGUGUUCCUUGGGAACUUCGUCCUCUGCGGCUGCAGCACUGAGAGAAAGGGCCCCCCACGUGCCCACGGAGGCCUCCGGGAUGUAGGGCCAGCAGGCUUCUGAUGUCACCAUUCUGAAUGACAGUGAGUCGGUGCGGGGGUGAGCCCAGGACGUCUGGUGCUUAGAGGAGGGCCCUGCCUCAGAAUGCCCCCCUUCACCUGUGUGCACGGGAUGGGGGCGGGCAGAGGGCCCCAGGAUCCUCCUCUCCACGGUCAAGUGCCGUCUUAAAAAUCACACCAGCAAAGGCCACCAGGAGACACAGCCAGUAACUCCGCGUCUGCGUCUCCCUUUCCCUCCCUUGUCCCUGUGCUGGGAAGAAGCCGUUCUCAGAACCGGGCCCCCGGGGGGUGAAGGCCUUCACCCUCUCUGGACCCCGAUCCUCAGCAAGAAACACACCUUCCCUCGGGAGUCAGCCAUCACUCACUCAGGCUUUGCUCGCUCGGUCUCCGGUCUCCGCGACCCUGUCAGCCACCCCGUGAGGCAAGUGGAGGGGUCCUUGUUUACUGAUGGCUUGGAAGCUGAAGCUGGAGGCCUCUGAUGACCACAGGGGUGCUGGCCCCGUGGCGCCCCCUCCUGCCCAGAGCGGCGGUUCCGGUUCCGGAGCGGCUCCCUGGGGAGGCAGUCAGCGGCCUGUGUGCCCUCGCUGUCCACCUGGACGAGGCGAGGCGGAAGGGCCCCUCCUCGUCAAAUUAGCAUCUCUAGACCGAGCAUAUUACCAUUUGUUGUGGGGAAAGAGUUGAGGGACUUUCCAGGUGGUUGUAGGCUGAGAGUCUGAUUUUGAUCUGGGAGCAAAGGUUUCUGCUAACCGCGCGUGAAAAUAGUCGCGUCUUGGUGACCCUCCCUGCUUCUUGUCUCUGCGGACAGCGGCUUCUUCCCACCGCCCUCCCCCCCCCCCACUUUGCUGCAGAAUCCAAGCUCUGCCAGUGACCUGGCUGGGGACGCUCCUCCAGGGGAGUGCUCCCGAAGGCACAGGCUCGUGUCCCCGGGCCCAGGGCGCGCUCCUGCUUUGCCUGGGUCCCUCCUCUCCCCGUUGGCACAGAGAGCUGAGGACAGUGUGACAGAGAAAGGGAGAAGCUUCCACAGAACCGUGUGUGUGUGUGUGUGUGUGUGUGUGUGUGUGUGUGUGGCAGGGCGGGGUGUUGCGUGCAAUUCAGUUUUCCGGAACAAUUUGUUCCCAUAAAAACAUAUGCAGCCUCACAUAAGCAGACUCGGCAUCAGUUUUAUCCAGUUCGAUUUUGUCCUCAGCGCCCGGGACCCUGCAGAACUCAGUCCACUUGAGAGACACUGCCUGGCAGCGUGUUCCGGAAGGAACGCUACCUGGCAGCAUUUUCGGGAAGGAGCAAGGCACAGGAAAGGCCAGUGGCGCCCUCGGUGGCAGGCUAGCGCCAUCCGCACGCGCUCACCCUUUGAAACACAAAGGCAGGAGGGGCCAGGGCCUUAAGAGGGCGGCCGCCUCCCAGUGUCGUCAGGCCGGCCGCCGGCCGGCCGCAUGCUUACCUGUAGCCUCUGCUGCCUGUCCCCCUCCCGUGCCCCCCUGGCCACCCUCCAGGUGGCCCCUCCUGGAGGAAGAGGGUCAGGGCCCUGCCUGCCAUCUUCCCUCUGCCAACCGGUGGGUCACCCAAGCCACAGUCCCCGCGGUCCAGCAUCCGCCUCGUGCUGCCGGCCUGGGGCUCGAGGUGGGCGCUGCAUGGUCUUGGAUCCCCCGCCUCUUGGCCCCCGGUCAGCUAGAGCAGGGCGCCGCCCCCGUUUAGAGCCGCCUUCCCUCCCCUGGGGAGCAGGAACCAGGGAGCAGCUUGUGUUCCCGAGGACCGGCCGCGGCCGUGGCCGAGGUCCUCUCCGGGGCCUGCGCUCCCACCUCCCGCACCGGCAGCCCGAGGUGGGGGGUGAGCGCGGCACCUGAGACCCCGGGCCCGUUGCUACGCAAGGUGCAAGCUCAGUAAUGCUGUCACCAGCACGAGACAGGGGCAGCGAGAGAUUUGAGGAGGCAUUUCCGAAAUCCUAGCAAGCUGGGGAGAACGAUCCCUUUGGGGGAAACUUCCUCUCCAGCCGGCUUCCGGGGGCGCAUCUGUUGGCAAAGCAGAUCCCCCGCCCCCUCCCGGGACGCGUCCGCGCCUCUGUGUCUGCCUGGAAGGCUGGAUGGGGCGGAGGAGGUCUAGAUUAAUUGUGCUGCUUACUUGUUGAUUCCCAAGGCCGGUCUUUGCGCGGACCUCUCGUGCUGCUCUCAGGUGUUCGAAAGGAAGCCUCUGCACCUUGUCUGCCCCUCUGCUGUAGGGCCAAGGAAACGCAUUUUCUUUGGCCGAGAGCCCAGGGGAGCAUAUUUGAAUGUUAGCUUUGAAAGCGGAAGCGUAAACAGACACAAAUUUGUCCAGUUUGGGUCUUUAGCUGUACCGCUACGUAAGUCUAGAAAGGUCAGUCAUAAAACGUCAUGAGAUUCGUAACUGGGAGAGGCCAGGACCCUGGGUUAGCGCUGAUCGAGGGCCCCGAGGGCACCCGCCAUGAGGUGUGCCCUGACCGCCUGCCCCUCCCGGGCCCGUCCUCUUGGAAGAACAGGGCUGAGCGCAGCCGGCAGGGCCUCCGCUGGGCCCGAGAGCGGUCGCUGCCCCGACGGAGUGCAGGGCCGCGUGCUUCCAGCCGGGAAGGCCCAGUGGCUCCUCUCCGCCAAGCAGCAGGAAUGUGCCCUGCCUUUUUGUGCAAAGAGAAACUGCCCCUGGCUUUUAUGGAAAUAGUGGCCACUUAAAGAUGUCUCAGACCGUGAGACGCAUUCAGAACCGAGUUUUUAAAAUGACUUUUUGUAUGUCAGACGUGACACUUAUUUUUUAAACAAUAAAAUUGUUUUGCCAAAA